AAAGCAAGUGGCAACACUGGUGUUGGUUGGUCUCUGGGGGUUUUUACACCCAACCGCCUUUUCCAUUGGUGUUUUUUUUUCCUGAUAAAGGAUUUAAAAAUUGGUAAAAUGUCGGAUUCGGACUCGGAUGACCAAGAUUGGUUUAAUAAAGAUGAAGAAGAGAUUUUGCAAAGCUUUCAAGCCAAGGUCAGCAGCAAUGAAUCGAAAAAUACCGAUGCUAGAGUGGAAUAUAUUCAUGGAUCGUCCGAAGCAGAUGACUACCUACAGCAAAAAAGACUUGAAGCUUCUUCGGAACUUUUGGCAGCACCUACCGUAAGGAAGCUACCAACAGCGGAGAUGCGUAAAGCAAUAAACAUGGAACCACUAGACAUUUUUCUAUUUGUUACGACCAGUGAAUACGACUUUUACGCGGGUCAAAUAACGGCUAGCGAUGGCUUGGACCGGGUUCUUCUAUACUUACGUAUUUGGCAUGUGAUAUGCAAGUUGGAGCUUCCCGGCUUUCAGGAAGAACUAUUACAAAACUUCGUGAAAAAUGAAGCAUUCUUAGAACAAUGGCGAGUUAUAGUCGCUAAACUUUUUCGAAAGAGCUACAAAACGAUAUGGAAAAGUGAUGAAGAUGUAGAUGAAAUAUUAAAUGCAAUUAAGUCCUUAAUUUUGUGGGUACACAAAGGUGAACUCAUGACGCCUAAAAUUUACCACGUAAUAACACAUAUAAAGAAACUUAUAAACGAAAGUGACAAUCGAGAUAUUGAACAACGUCAUGCCUGCCAACAAUUAGUGUUGGAGCUGGAUCGCAUAUUAUCUGUGAAAGGUAUGCAGUUAGAGGAAAAAUUGAAUGAAACUGAGAUAUAUCCCUCACUGGAUGAUCUUCGUUCGCGCAACAGCGAAAACUUUCAAACAACAAAUACGGUAAACAAAUUAGGAAAACAUAAAGUCGCUGAUUAUUUGACGAAACAAAAACAACUUCUUCGUGAAGAUUUUAUGAUACCUUUGCGCGAGUAUGUCUGUAAAAUAAAGAGUUCCAAACCACAUAGUACCACACCAGAGUUGUACGAAGACGUAUUCAUAGUUCUUAACUCCGAUUUCGUCAAUUCCAAGCGUCAUGAAUUGGUAUUUAUAGACAUUUUGGGCACAAAGCGAUCAAUGGACAACACUAAGGUAAAACUAUCACGCAAAGUGAAAGAUAAAAUCGCUUCAAUAAAAGCUGGGUCAUUAUUACUCCUGACAACAAGCAAAAACUUCGAAGAUCUUAUUUUAGCCACGGUAACCUACACUGAUGGAGAACUUCUUUCUUUAGGAUAUGUUGGCAUUCAAAUUUUACGACAGGAGAACAUAGUCGCUGUGUAUGACCGGCAGUUGCUCAUGUUUGAAACGCCGGCCUUCUUUGAACCAUAUAACAACGUUUACAACUACUUGAAUAUAUAUGGUGCUGGUGAUCUGCCUAUGAAAACAUACAUUUUAGAUGAUGAGAAAGAUGUUAAUGCACCUUGCUACCUUGCACCAGAAACGUUGUACUAUUAUGACAGAGAGCCAUUUCAGGUGACGGCUAAAAAUCCAUCCCAGCCGAAAAACCUCGCACUGAACCACUCUCAGUGGCGUGCAUAUUGCCAAGCUUUGACCAAAGAAUUUUGCCUUAUACAAGGUCCACCAGGAACUGGAAAAACACAUCUCUCUGUACAUUUAAUUCGCACUCUUAUCGAGAACGUCAAAACACCUAUUGUCUUAAUCACGUAUACAAAUGAUUCGUUGGAUAAGUUUCUGUUAAAAUUGUCGGCCUACACCAGCAAUAUUUUGCGCUUCGGCAGCCAAAUUCGCUUGCCUGAAAUCUCGAAAUUUAAUGUCCAAUUUGAUUCUACCCACAAAGAAUUGGCAAAUCCUCGUCUAAAGCGUCUCUACUAUGUUGUUAAUGAAGAGUUUAAGGCUAAGUUUCAAGUAGUACAGCAAAUGCAUGUCGAUUUUGAUGGCACCGAAGAAUCGUAUCAGCGUUUAUUACAAGCUCAACGUGCUGUAAAUGGUGUUGCGGAAAAAUUAAAAACUUUGCGAAUAAUGUUCCAAUUUUAUGCGGCCCAAAAAGCUGAUGUUAUAGCUAUGACUUCAACUUUUGCUGCCAAAACGAAUUUUCUCUUUCGCUUGCUGCAAAGUAAAGUCGUUAUUUUCGAAGAGGCUGCCGAAAUAUUGGAGUCACAUGUGUUGGCCUGUUUAACGCCAUACACCGAACAUGUUGUCAUGAUUGGCGACCAUAUGCAAUUGCAGCCAUACACCUCGGGUCAUCGCCUUAGUGGCACCUACGAAUUGAAUAUUUCCUUAUUCGAACGACUAUUUGUUAACAAUCUGAAAGGAGCCAUACUUAAUAUACAAUAUCGUAUGCGCCCUUGCCUUGCAGACCUCAUUCAUCCGACUUUUUACACUGAUCUGAAUAAUGAUGCGAGCGUUGAGAACUAUCCAAAAGUUCGUAAUAUGCUCACCGACUUAUAUUUUUACACCCAUAAUGAAUGCGAAUGUCAAUCAGAGGAUGAAUGCUCGAUCUAUAAUGAUUUUGAGGUAACUGAAACUUUGAAUUUGGCGAAACAUUUAAUUGAAAAGGCUGCCUACACUGCCGAUGACAUUGUAAUACUGAGUCCUUAUGCGAAACAAAUAGAAACCUUGAAAGUGAGGGCAAAUAAAUUACUUGACAAAAUACAAUUGAACAUCGCCACUGUAGACAGUUUUCAAGGACUUGAGGCCAACAUAGUGCUAUUGUCACUAGUGCGUAGUAAUUCCAACGGUCAAAUUGGAUUUCUCAAAGAGAACAAUCGAAUUUGCGUGGCACUUUCGCGAGCUAAGCAUGGCAUGUAUAUAAUUGGAAAUAUGCCAUUGUUGGCAAAAUAUAGCAAGACAUGGGGGAUAAUCGAACAGAAUUUGAAGACUCGAGGACUCAUAGGCGAUAAGUUUCCACUGAUAAAUGAUGAAGAGUAAUUAUAAGAAAAAAAUAACUAAGAUCUUACUUUACUUACUCUAAAACUCAGCUAUAUAACUGGUGGAACAUUUAAUCCGUUUUCUUACUUACAUGCAUGCAUACAUAUGUUAUCUAUGUUUUUAUAGUACGCAGUACAAAACUCAUGCGUAUAAAAUAAAAAUACAAAUCAAUUUGACAUU